AUGAACGAUUGGAUACAGAUCGGUCUGUUGUUAGUUAUAUCUGACUUCAAACCCGAUUUGCGUAUUGGACUGAUAAAAGAACAGGCAAAGACGCUGUCUCCUCUGAUUGUGAAGGCUCAUAAACCCCGACAGAAACACGCACGUUUCUGCCUCGUUGAUUUCAAUUCACGAGAAGACCGCGAUAUUGCCUUCAAGGCAAUAAAAGCUUCGGCGAAGAAAAGUGAAAUGAAAAUCGUUGUAUCGAUUCCACGCACAGAGAACUCGGAAUUUGUCCAGGAGCUCGUUCAACGCAGAAUAAAUGCUUUAGAGAAGAAGAAAGCAAAGGCGCGUUUAAGACAUGCGAGUAAAUUAGCAUUGCGAGCGAAAAAUUUCACAUCGUCGAUUGUUAUAACAAAUCUGCCUCGAAGUGCCUCGAAAGCGGAGGUGCGCCGGUUAUUCCCAACAGCGGUUGAUGUGCAAAUAAAACCACGAAAAGGUCACUUGAUCGCUUCUAGUAUAGCCGCAGUCACGUUACCCACGACAAUGGAGGCGCGUGCAGCAGUAAAAAAGAAACAAUCUUUGGGUGGAACGGAACUUAAAAUUCGAUACGAUACGCAGCAGCUUAAGAAGCCCAGAAGUAAAUCAAAGACCAAAGAUAGACGGAAGGGUCCCAAGGGUUUGCAGCCUGCGGCAAAAAACUAAAAGAAAUAAAAUUUAAAAUAUUAAAACUGUCCAAGAAAAAUCUAAACAAUAAAAAAAAUAUU